AUGUCCGUAGUGGAACUUCCAGAUAUUAGACUCUAUUCACACAAAUCUCGUACCAGAUCUAAAAAGAGCGAUUUCGAGAAAUAUCGUAACUCAGCUGUCCUCAAAUCUGUUGACAAAUUGAUUAAACAUAAUAGUCUGUGCUCAGUUUUAGGCUAAGACAGCGACUAUUAUCCUAAACAAUUGGAAGAUCAAAAAAAAGUUGAUGAAGCUUAAGAAGUGCAUGCUAAUUUGACAGAAUUAAAAAAAAGUUGCGAUUACAUGAAAAUGUCUGGAAACAAUAAAGACAAAGAUAUUGAUAAAAUGAGAAAGGAUAUAGAUCAAAUGAGUUAUCAAAUUGAAUAGUAUAAUCAAAGAUAAAAGGAAUUAGAGAGAUAAGAAAAUGAUUACUCAUCUAAAUUAUAAGAAUAAUAAAAAUUAUUAAGUCAAAGCAAUUAUGAUAAGAAGAUUUUUGAACACAUGUUGACAAGAAUGAAAACAGAUUAAGUAAAUUAUUAAUUAAGAGCAAAUCAAUAUGAAAGACAUCUUAGAUAAGCAUUUUUAGCAUGUUAAUCAUCGAGUUAAAAAGCUUUAGAAAUUUAGGUUUUGCAUUAAAAAACAAUGUUGGCCCUGAAAGAAGUGGCUGAUGGAAUUAAACAAUAAAAUAGAAAUAGGGAAAAAAAUAUUUCUAGAUUCAAAAAUGAACUAAAAUAAAAAUAAGAUGUUGAACACAAAAGAGAUGAGAGAAUUAAAAGACAACAAGAGAUUGCAGAGGUUGCUGCUAAUGAUAUUAGAGAUGGAGCAUUAAAAAAAUGGAGAAAGUUAUUAUUAGUUCACAAAUUCUUGAAUUCAUUCCUGAAAAGUAAAAUGCAAAGAGGAAUAGCUUAAUAUCAUCAUUUAGAAAUAGCCUUCUAAAAAAUAAAGGCUUCAACAGGCAUUUCAGAUGCCAAUGAAAUUGUUUAGAAAUUUAUCGGCAGAGAAUAAACAUACUCUCAUUUACUGAUAUCUAUAUCAGAUUAUGAAAAGAAAAUAAAUAAUUUAAAAUAGGAAAAUUAAGACUUAAGAAACAAUUUUACUCAUUUAAAACAAGAAUACAACGACUUGGACAAAGAAUUCUCAGUUGAAAACAAUAAACAAAGAAAUGAACAAACUGAUUAAGAUAAAAUGGUCAUAGAAGUAGAAGAAAAAGCAACAAUUUCAGGACUGCUUCAAAAUAAAUUGAAUACUUGGAUUGCUAGAAACUUGAAGAAGUUAGCAUAACGCAAAGAUAAAGGGUUUCAAGGCAUUAUUGAUGCUAUCAAGGAAAAAUUACUUAAUUUAUCAUAAACUUAAUAAUAAGAAUUACUAAAUAAAUCUAUAUUCAGUUCUGUCUUAGAAUUGAAUGACUAGGAAUUUUUAAAAAGAAAUGUCAGGAUCAAACCAAAACAAUAGAAUUCUCAUUUGCAUUCAAAUAACUCUUAAGAUUAUUCGGUUUUACCUAAUGAUGAUGAAAUUUUUAAUGAAUUGCCGAGCAAAGAUGAAGAAUAAGAGGAACAAGAAGAAGAUAAUCUAUUGAAUUAAUUGAGAGAGGAAGUAAAAGGGAAGGUUUUGAAGAAGUGA